GGUGAUCCUUAUUUAGGAAAUACUUGCAGUUGGUUUUUCCAUGGUGGGCCUGAACCCCCGCUUGUCUCCGCAGACAGCCUGAACAGCUGUUUGACCCGCGUGCUGUUGUUGUUUCCAGGGUUCAUCCUCCUAAGUUGUACCGCCUGCUUCAAUCGGAAUAACAACUUCAAUAUUAAACAUGGACGCGCCAAGUAAUCACGAACAAACAGAAAACAGACAUUCAACUGAAACAACAGACCCUCCACCAAGGAUGACAAAAAGACAGAUUCUCACAUUAAUAUCAAUGGCAUCUGUCAACUUUAGUUCAAUGAUGUGCUAUUCAAUAUUAGGACCAUUUUUCCCUAAUGAGGCAGUAAAGAAAGGAGCCAGUCAGACUGUUGUUGGUCUCAUAUUUGGGUGCUAUGCUGUCUGCAAUUUAAUUGGUUCUUUGAUUAUGGGGAAAUAUAUUGUCCAAAUUGGUGCAAAAUUCAUGCUAAUAGCGGGACUUUUUGUAUCGUCAGGGUGCACCAUUAUGUUUGGAUUACUCGAUCGGGUUCCUGAAGGACCCAUCUUCAUUGCACUCUGCUUUGUAGUGAGGUCUGUGGACGCUGUGGGCUUUGCUGCUGCUAUGACCUCCACCUUUGCUAUGACAGCAAAAAUAUUCCCAAACAAUGUGGCAACUGUUUUGGGAUGUUUGGAAAUUUUCACAGGACUUGGGCUCAUAAUAGGGCCACCGUUGGGAGGGUGGUUCUACCACUCUUUUGGAUAUGAAGUCCCUUUCAUGCUUCUUGGAAGUCUUCUGUUAAUAAUGGUUCCCUUCAACAUUUUCGUCUUACCAUCCAUUGAGGCAAAUCCAUCAAAGUAUUCAUUCUUUGGACUUCUCACCCAUAUAAAAAUACUCCUGAUUUGCUUCAUAAUAUUCACACUUAGCGCGGGUUUGGGCUUCUUUGAUGCCACGUUGUCGCUGUUUGCAAUGAAGACGUUUAAUCUCUCUUCUGGCUAUGUGGGACUCAUCAUGCUCGGCCUGUCUUUACCAUAUUGUCUGGCAUCACCACUGAUAGGCUAUUUCACAGAUAAAUAUCCUAACUCAAGGAUGGGAUUCAUAGUGACAGGAGGCGUCCUCACAGCUGCUGGUUUCUGUCUGCUUGGCCCCGCCCCUUUCCUUCCCAUCCACAGUCAUCUGUGGUUGUUGAUCCUCAUGCUUGGUCUAAUUGGGUUUUCUCUGGGUAUGACUGCCAUCCCCACAUUCCCUGAGAUCAUCACAUGUGCAUAUGAACAAGGAUUUGAAGAGGGACUAAGCACUUUAGGGAUGGUGUCUGGGUUGUUUGGUGCAUUCUGGUCUACUGGGAUGUUCUAUGGUCCAACAAUUGGUGGCCUUAUCACACAACAUCUUAACUUUGAAUGGGCAGCUACAGUCCAGGGAGCCAUGGGAUUUUUGGCUGCCUUUUUCCUUGGGGUGUGCUCUCUCUGUCAACGAAGAAACCAGAGGGUACAAGAAGAUAGUCAAACAGAUGAAAGUACUCCUCUCCUGAAUGGAUCAGGGCCUCAGCUACACAUGGAAGAAGAUUGUAGUGAUUUGACUUGAUUCAGUGGAAACAUUUUAUUGCUCAUUUUCCUGCAACUGUACUGCUUUAAUCAGAAAAAAUAUAACAUAUUUUAUCUGGUGCUGUUUAUCUGGUGUUACCAGUAUAAAGACGAAAUAGUACAUUUACGCACUUCAGGGUGGUGAAAGUUCAAAUUGUGAACAGUGGCAAUUUUUGCACAUAUACCAAAAGAAACGUGCCUUUUGUUCUGAGAUCUUACUUUUCUACAUCACAUGAUUUGGAUUUCAUGCUGAAGUGACCCUGUCAAGCUCUAUUAACACAUUCCUGAAAGUAUGAAAGACAGAAAUCAUGCUAUGUAAACAUAAUGAACAAUGUCUUAUACAGGUCAUACCUAUAAUGAAUCCAACAAGAUUUUACUGCACUGUUGUAUAUAAUGUGCUUUUCUCCCUAGCUGUGGGGAUUUUCUGUUGGUUACAUGUUUCAAUAAAAACUAAAAUCUUAUAUUAAAAAAUAAAUAAACGCUGCCCAGCCUGAUUA